GCGAAAUUUAACCGCUCUUUUUUAGCUUAGUUUGCGUUUUUUCACUUCCUUUGAAGUCUUAUUUUUCAUUCGCAGUAAUUCUGACAAACUUGGGAGCCUGAUUGAGCUUUACUGUAUUUAUUUUACCCUCGAUUUAUCCAUCCUUUACAUUGCUAGCUGCACGAAGGACUACCUGAGCCUGUGUGAUAUGAUAAGCUUUCACUAAAUCUACUUCAACAUGCUCCAGCUGUGGCGGGUCAUAUUCUUUUGUGCAACAUUAUCAUGGAAGCUACAAACUGUAUCAUCCCAAACACAUGAAGUGGUGUGUCCUGGUACACAAAAUGGACUGAGCUCCACAGGUUCCCAGGAGAACCAGUACAACUUGACUAAGGACCGCUAUACUGGCUGUGAGAUCAUUAUGGGAAACCUGGAGAUCACUCAGAUUGAGAGUAACUGGGACAUCUCCUUCCUCAAGACAGUCCGCGAGGUGACUGGCUACGUCCUCAUUGCUGUGAAUAACUUUCAGGAGAUUCCUCUGGGGCAGCUUCGAGUCAUCAGAGGAAACAGCCUCUAUGAAAGGCGCUUUGCUCUUUCUAUCUUCUUCAACUACCCCAAGGAUGGCUCUAAUGGUCUGUGGCAGCUUGGGCUUGCAAAUCUGACAGAGAUUCUGGAGGGAGGAGUGCAGAUUAUCAACAACAAGUACCUGAGUUAUGGGCCCUGGAUCUACUGGCAGGAUAUCAUCAGGGACAACAGCGCUCCUGUUGACAUCCAGUACAAUGGAGAGAGAGGCCCGUGCCACAAAUCUUGUGGAGAUUACUGCUGGGGGCCAAAUAAGGACCAGUGUCAAAUCUUGACUAAGACGGUGUGCGCUCCACAGUGUAAUGGCCGCUGUUUUGGGACGAGCCCUAGGGACUGCUGUCACAUAGAGUGUGCAGCAGGAUGUAAAGGCCCUCUGGAUGUGGACUGUUUUGCCUGCCGUCAUUUUAACGACUCUGGAGCCUGUGUACCUCAGUGUCCGCAGACUUUGAUUUACAACAAGCAGACAUUUCAGAUGGAGACCAACCCCAACGCUAAAUAUCAGUACGGCUCCAUUUGUGUCUCCCAGUGCCCCACCCAUUUUGUUGUGGAUGGUAGCUCCUGUGUGAGUGCUUGUCCUCCAGAUAAGAUGGAAGUAGAGAGAGAGGGCCAGAGGCAGUGUGAGCUCUGCAGCGGACUCUGUCCAAAAGUGUGUGAAGGUACGGGUGCUGAGCACAGACAAACUGUAGACUCAAGCAACAUUGACAGCUUCAUUAACUGCACCAAGAUCCAGGGCAGCCUUCACUUCCUGGUCACAGGGAUUCUUGGUGACGACUUUAAGAACAUCCCACCCCUGGAUGCUAAAAAACUGGAAGUUUUCCGCACUGUAAGAGAAAUUACAGAUAUCCUAAACAUCCAAUCAUGGCCAAAAGAACUAAAUGAUCUGUCAGUUUUUUCAAGUCUGACUACCAUUCAAGGGAGGUCGCUCUACAAGCGUUUUUCUCUGAUGGUCAUGCGCAUCCCCACUCUCACCUCACUGGGUCUGCGCUCGCUGCGUGAGAUCAGUGAUGGCAGCGUGUACAUCAGUCAGAACGCCAACCUCUGUUACCAGCACACCGUCAACUGGGCACAGCUGUUCAGAGGCCGCAGAGUCAGAGUCAACAACCUCAGCAACAACAAACCACUGGCAGAAUGUGCUGCAGAGGGACAUGUGUGUGACCCGCUGUGUUCAGACUCCGGCUGCUGGGGUCCGGGGCCUGACCAGUGCGUCUCCUGCAGGAAUUACAGCCGAGAGGGCACAUGUGUGGGCAGUUGUAAUUUUCAUACUGGAAUUCCAAGAGAAUUUGCCCGACCUAAUGGGGAAUGUGUGGCCUGUCAUCCAGAGUGUAAGCCUCAGAGUGGGAGAAGCAGCUGCACUGGGCUGGGUGCAGAUGAAUGUGAGGCAUGUGUCAACUUCCAAGAUGGUCCUUACUGCAUGUCCUUCUGUCCCACUGGAGUGAACGAUGGUCAGAGGGGGCUGAUCUUUAAAUAUCCCAACAGAGAGGGUUACUGUGAACCGUGUCACCACAACUGCACACAGGGAUGCACAGGCCCAGGUUUAAAGGACUGUUUAGAGGCAGCAAGUCUGGCAGUGAGCAGUGGUCAGAUCACGGGUAUAGCUUUAGGUGUCCCAGCAGGUUUGAUUUUCUGCCUGGUGUUGUUUUUCCUCGGCCUGCUCUACCACCGAGGUCUAGCCAUACGCCGCAAGAGAGCCAUGAGGAGGUACCUGGAGAGUGGAGAGAGUUUUGAGCCCCUAGGUCCUGGAGAGAAAGGUACUAAGGUUCAUGCUCGCAUCCUGAGGCCUUCAGAGUUGAAGAAAAUCAAAGCACUUGGCUCAGGAGUUUUUGGCACAGUAUACAAGGGUUUUUGGACUCCAGAGGGGGAGACAGUGAAGAUCCCUGUAGCCAUAAAGACCAUCCAGGACAGCUCAGGCCGACAGACCUUUAUAGAGAUCACUGAUCAUAUGCUCUCCAUGGGCAGCCUGGACCAUCCCUACAUUGUGAGGCUGCUUGGUAUCUGUCCAGGUCCAACUCUGCAGCUGGUGACCCAGCUCAGCUCUCAUGGAUCCUUACUGGAGCACAUCAGGCACCACAAGACCAGCCUGGAUCCCCAGCGCCUGCUCAACUGGUGUGUGCAGAUAGCUAAGGGUAUGUAUUAUCUGGAGGAGCAUUGCAUGGUUCACAGGAACCUUGCUGCCCGUAACAUCCUGCUGAAGAACGGCUACCAGGUCCAGAUAUCAGACUAUGGCGUGGCAGACUUGCUCUAUCCUGACGACAAGAAAUACGUCUACACUGACACAAAGACUCCCAUAAAAUGGAUGGCCCUUGAAAGCAUCUUGUUUAGACGGUACACUCAUCAGAGUGACGUUUGGAGUUAUGGGGUGACAGUGUGGGAGAUGAUGUCAUUUGGGGCAGAGCCAUAUGCGUCCGUGCAGCCUCAGGAGGUGCCAGGUCUGUUGGAGAAGGGUGAAAGACUGUCACAGCCACACAUCUGCACUAUAGACGUCUACAUGGUCAUGGUUAAAUGCUGGAUGAUUGAUGAAAACAUAAGGCCGACAUUUAAAGAACUGGCAAGUGAUUUUACCCGCAUGGCAAGAGACCCUCCUAGAUAUUUAGUCAUCAAGUCUGAGGAAGCAGAAAUGGCCUCAGGAGAGAUCCAUCGAAGAGAGUCAGAGAGAGGGCUUCUGGAGGCAGCUUUGGAAGACCAGGAUGAGGAAGGACUGGAGGAUGGUUUGGCUACUCCUCCUCUUCAACACUCUCCAUCUUGGAGUUUGUCUCGGUCCAGGAUUAAUUCUUAUAAGAGUGGUACCUCUCAGGCCGGACCACUUGGAUACCUGCCGAUGACCCCUAGCCCUGUUGACAGUAUUCGUCAGCUGUGGCUUCAGAGGUCUCGAUUGAGCUCUGUGCGGACACUGCCUGAAAGGUCAGAGCUCUGGGGAGCCAACAGGGAGGCAGAGCCACGAGAGGAAGGGUCUCGAAGCAGGGGGAGUCUUCACAGAGCCAGGUUUGGUUCAGAGAGGGGAAAUCCCAGAAAAUUAAUUGGGCGACACCGGAAACUCUCUACAGCAUCAAGUCCAUGCUCGUAUAAGGUGUGGACAGCAGAGGAAGAGGAGGAGGUGGAUCACUAUGGCUACGUCCUGGCCGGGUCACCUGUUACCCCAGAGAGAGUCUGUAGGGUUGCUAAAUCUGGGCGAAGAAACCAAAAACUCAAGGAUAAUCUGUCCCUUGUGGUGAGGAGUCCCUCUCAGGAGUAUGAAAUCAUGAGCAAAAAGUCAAGCUCCACCAGCUGCAACCUAACACAAGCCAGUGCCCCUGGUCCUUCAUUAUUACCUAAUCCUAAAUCUUCACCUUUACCCUCUACAACCUCCAUUGCCCCAUUAACUGUAGAGAAUGAAGAAACUCUGGCUUCAGUCUCAGUUUUGUCAAAUAAGCAAGAACAGGGUAGUUGUAAUAGUAAUAUUGCAGAUCAAAGAGAUUCCUCAGAGGAACAUCAGCCCUCUAAAGACUGUAACAGUGGGAUUAGAGCUGUUGGUGACCAAGGAGAUGAAGCCAAAGGGAAAUGCAGGUAUGAAUACAUGGAUAUCAGGCGAUGUGACUCUACAGAGGGAGAGGAUCAGGCAUGGGAGAAAAGUAGGAGCCAAACAUCUGUCGCAGAGACAGAGGAAACAACCCAAACUGUGGAGGUGUUGAAAAAAGAGCCUGAGGAGGAAGAGGAGCAGAACACAAAUAAACAACUACUGCAAGGGGAUCUGAGUGGUACCGUCGUGCCCAGGCCAGAUGUGCUCACAGCUGGAGGAGAAAAGGUGGAGGAGUAUGAGGAGAUGGCCAGACUUGGAGUGGUUCCCAGGGGGUGGGAGCAGACAGACUACCAGAACCUCCCAGUGAAGGGGAGGACCGUUGGCGAGGAUAUGGGCAGCGGCAGGUGUGCAGAGAUUGGGGGAUACAUCAAGGUGUGUGCUGGCAUGGGGGAACCUGGCAGCAACACAUCGUUUGACAACCCAGACUACUGGCACAGCAGACUGUUCAUCAAGGCAGAUGCUGUACGUACCUAAUAAUGUGGCCCGGGACUGAGAAAGUUAUGUAGCUGUCUUUUUUUUUUUUCUUUUUUGUAUUGUGUAACUAUUUUUAAAAGAUAUGCUAAACAACAAGAAAAAAUAGAGUUUUUAAAGAAAUAUACAAAUAGAAGUCAUUGUAUGUAGUAGAUAGCUGGUUUUAAAAAGAAAUAUACGAGUUGUUACAGGACAAAAAAGAACUUUAUGCAUAUAAAACAAGUGUUUUCAGGUUAAAUGAUAUGGUAAUCAGUCCCUGCAGGAGAAAAAAGGCAUUUUUAAGAUUACCCAUGUCUCUGUUAUUGUGACAAUAUUGUUUACAGUACUUUUGU